CUGCCAGCAGCAUAAUGAUAUUCAGAUCUACUACAUCUGUUUAGCUGUGAAGUUGUAAUCUGAGUUGGAUAUGAAGACUAUAUUAAUUUUUUUCUGUGUUGCGAUAGCUGCUAUGGCUCAUCAAAUUACACCAGAAGAGAAAGAAAGACUGAGGCAAGUCUAUCUUGCUUGUCAAGCGGAUCCUAAGACUUACUGCGAUGAAGAUUUGUUAAAGAAGUUUGGUGAAAAUGCUGAAAAUAAACAAGUUGGAAUCCACAUGUUAUGCAUGUCUGUGAAUGCUGGUCUGCAGACUAAGGAAGGUGAUCUACUCAAAGAUUUCAUUAGAACUAGGAUUGACAUGGUGACUCAUGAUAAGUCGAAGGUUGAUGAGUAUCUAGAGAAAUGUGCUGUUCUGAAGGAGACUCCCGAGAAAACUGCUGUGCAACUUUGGUUAUGUUUCAUUAAGAAUGAUAUUAAGUAUUACCACAAACUGUAAAUAUGAAAUCGAAUCAUUUUGAAGAUGUUAUUUCAAAUUAUUGAUAUUCCUGUUUUUUUAUCAAAUUAAAAAAUUCAUUUGACAUGU